GUGUUUGUGUGUGUGUAUGUGUUGGUGAAUGUGAGUACGGAGAAGCAGCGGCCGCCAUUUCAGGGAGCUAGCCGACGCUGUCGCAGGGGUGGAUCCUGAGCUGCCGAAGCCGCUGCCCUGCUCUCCGUCGCGGGCUCCUUUAAUCCCAUUGUUUCUUUUAGAUUCGUUUGGGCCUAGACGCCCUCGGGGCCCGAUAUUCGGGUUGGGCGGUACCGCGGCCUGGGCCUAGUGACUUAACAGUAGCAACAGCAGCGGCGGCGGCGGCAGCCGACUUCCCGAUUCGAGCACAGGCGCGCGAAAAUCCGCACAGGACUGUCUUGUUCUUCUUUAGGCGAGUAGAGAAAAUGGCAGACGAUAUUGAUAUUGAAGCAAUGCUUGAGGCCCCUUACAAGAAGACUUGCCUAACGAUAUCUCACCUCUACUCCCAUGAAUUCACCUUUGAUUCCAGUGUGAACUGUCAAUCAUAAGGUAGUAAUUGAGUGACUUAUCGCUGUACCGUGGUCCCCUAGGUAAAAUGACUCAACUAAGAAUUACCAGCUCCAGUUUGGUAUAGCAAAAAGGUGAAUGCAGUGGUUUGGGAAAAUUGCAGGGGUCCAAGAAUAAUAAAAUAUAACCAGUCUCUGGCAAGAAAAUCUUAUGAGUCUUGAAAGAAGAAAUGGGUGAGAUUUAAAAUUAUACUUUAUAUAAAUAGAUAUAAGGCUGGUGAUAGUAAACCUUAAAACAGGCAGGUAUUGAUCUGCUUUUCAGUUAAUAAUUACUAAGAUUCUUGGAUCCCUGAAUAGAAAUUAAAGAAAAAAAAAAACAGAAAAAGAAAAGAAGAAAAGAAAAAAAAAAGGAAAGGCAAGAGACAGUAUCACAGCUCAGAGUCACUUGAUGACUGUUUUACUGCUCUCCAUAGCAUUUUGUUUUUAGUUAGGCCCUGCCAUAGUUUUCACACUAAACUAGAAAGGCAGUAUUUUGGCUAGUAAUACAAUAUGACCCAUUUCGGUAUGACAGUAAAAGUAAGCACUCUUCAUUCUUUGACCAGUUGGUGGUGAAAAUAGCAGUGUGCAUGCAUGCAUUGUCACUGGUGUCACAGACCUUAAGCCUUGUAACUUAGAUAUCCUAUAUUGGUGAUGUAUUCAAACUGUGAAAUCAACCUUGCGCUUAAACCGUUUAAAAAUAAUACAUUUGUCUUGGAGUGUAGCACGACCAUGUGGUGCCUUUUGGAUGAAUUCUGAUAGCUUUAAAUAGUCUAAUUUUGUAAUGCUAGACUCUUGAAGCCGUACUUUCUGUUUUAAUGUUUCUUGUCUUAGUUUAACUUGGAUAUAAUUCCAUGUAAACAGGUAUGGAAGUAGGAAAUGUUUAGGCUGGAACUGGUGGAUUAUUAAUUAACUUUUCUUGGGUUCUUGGGAGUCAACAUUACUAAAGCAGUGUGAAUCCCUGUUUGCUUCAGGGCGAGAUGUGUGACAGAGGUGGCAUCAAGCUCUUACAGUCCCAACCCUCCAACGGAAAUGGGCGAAGAUCUCAGGAAUGGCAUCGGUCACAGGAAAUCGAUAGUGGCUGGCUGCUAGCAUGGCCACUUGGGGCUUAGGCAGAAAUAGAGCCAUGGUACCGACAAAAGGGACAAUAGCACACGGAACAAAACUCAAAAUGACUUCAUGUUUCAUAGAAAUCUUUAACCACUUCAACAUUGUAAUUCUGGAUGACUUAUUUAAUAUCUAAACAAUGUAAGAAAGUAAAAUAUAACAUGUUAAAUGUGGAAAGAUUUUAAUUUUUGUUUCUUGAUGACUUAAUUAUUAGCAACAAAGUGGUUAAACGUAUACCUUCUAAAUUUUUUUAUAGCCUUCCAUGUUAAACUAAAUAAGUGAUUAGUUUUAAAAUUGUCUUGUAUUUUCUUAUUCCUAUUCCCUUUACCCUUUGACAACUUGAAAUGUUACCACUUCGUCCUCAUGAUGUUCUUCUAUCAACCUUGCUUAGGAUGAGAACAAGUUGAACAGUGCUAACGGCCAUGAAGAACGUAGCAAAAAGUAAGUUUGAUUAAGGAACCUGGGGGGGUGGGAACUAACUUUGUGGAAAUCUGUUCUUGUGGCUAAAGCAUCAAACUAUGGUUUUCUUCGUCUCUUAGAAAACUGCUCAUAACAUUUGAGAUGAGAAAGUUCUUCAGGAUAUAAAGCCGUGGGCGUUGUGGUAUAUAGACUUCAGGAUAUGGCUUCAAAGACCUUCUGGACACUUUGCCCUCUAAUCUCCCAUGAUUUUCUUGAGUUCUUAUGUUUUAAAUGUGAUAACUUUGGCUUAAUUUUUGGAGAUGUGAUGAGAAGAAUCAUUGAAUUAGAAGAUGUUAUAGAAAAAAUAGUACCAAGGACAUGGAAAUUACUGUUUACCUUCUUUUACUUUUUCACUAAAGGAACCAGCUAUGAGUUUUUGUUUCUUGCUGCUUAAAGGCCCUUUUGAUAGUAACAAAAGAAUACUUAAUAGGUAUUGAUGGGAUUUUUUUUUCCUUUUUGGGCCUUUUUAUCUCUAGAGUAUCCAAGGAGACCACUAAGAAUAUUUAAUAUAUUUUAGAUGACUAAGUUGAAAUAAGAACUUCAUGCUACAGACUCAACACAAUACAGUAUACAAAAAGGAAUAUUAACAGUUUAAACAGGAUCCAAUUUACAAGAUUGGAGCCUAUCAGCUGUUGUGAAAUUACUAUUCAGCUCCAAGAUUAGUAAUUCUUCACAUGAUAAUGGUCAUGCUAUGUGCGUCAAGAUGAUCUAGCCUAUGUUUAUUAUGCCAUACUAAAACAUUUUGUCAUAUCAUGACCACAUAAUACUUAAUGAGAAACAAUGAUAAAAUAGCCACUUAUUUAAUUCUUUUUGGCUCUUUUCCUCCUAAGAGCUCAAAGUGCUUCAUAAUAACUACCUCAAUCAUCCUCACAACAACUUUGUUAGGUAGGUUGUUAUAAUUUCGUAAAAUAGAUGAGAAAAUUGUUUGUGGGUUACUUAAAGGUUUUGCUUAGCCAAGGUUUUAUAAUCUUAAUGUGAGAAGGAAUUAAUUUUUAAAAUUUGGAUUGGGUGUUGUGGUUCAGGCUUAUGAUUCUCUCACUUAAAAUAAGCCAAGGUGAUUAUAAAUUCCAGCUGGAUUUCUUAGAUCAUGUGUUUAAAAAUGAUGUUAAGAGAAAAGAAAGGUCUGAUUUAUGGAAAUUUUUUUCCUUGUGCAAGUCUAGUUGGGAAUCACUAGUAGUUUCUUAGUAAUCCAAAGAGGAUAUGGGAAAUAGUUGACAGGGUUCAUAGCAUACAUUUUUAACUUUUUAUGCAUUGAAUUUCCUAAAGUUUCAGUUUCAUAGCCAAAAGAAAACCCAGGAAUAGGUAUCUACCAGUUUUUAAAAAUUAUUCACUUUAGUGACUAGUGACCUAGAAAAGUUGAAAGGGCUGAGAAUAAACUUGAAUGCAAAUUCUGCAGUAUUUUCUAACAUCACUUGUUCCCACUAAUAUCUUCAGAUUGUACUCUUAACGCUGUAUCUAAACUCAUUAAGAUCACCAAGCUUUCAUGAGGAAUUAGAGCAUUAGUGCUCAAUGAAAUAGUGUUGUGGUGUAGAGUAAGUUGGGUAAUUUAAUAUAAUAGUGUUUUAUGCAUAGCUUUCCUACAUUCUAAUAUCUUUACAAUGCUCAAAAUAUUUCUGACUUUAGUUAUUGCUGCUUUAAAUUAGGUGAUUGCUUAAUUUAAUCAGUUUUUACUCUGAUGAUUUAAAGGAACAUGUCAUUAAAAGUAAUGAACAUAAUAUAGAAGAAAACUUAACUCUGGGUAGAUGAAACAAAAGAAAUAUCUGCUCUUGCUUAAGGUAAUUUAUAUUAACCUAAGGUAGAUGUCAUUUUUGUGUAGUUCAUGUGAAAACUAUUGGUUAAAAGGCAUUGAAUGUUGGAGAUAACUAUUGCUGGUAAGAUAAUAAGAAUAGGAAACUACAUUUGAACAAAGUCAGCUAAGUAUAUAAAUAAGAAACUAGUCGUGACUGUAACACACUGUACUGUAUCCCAGUAGUAAAGGGAUCAAAGUUUAAUGGAAAGACCUUUAGCCUAUUUUCUGAAGAGGUUUAAAAUUUCUAACACUGAGUUUGUCAAGGCCUCUAAUACACUCUUAAGUAUCUGAGGUUACCCCUCAUGGAAGUAUUUGUUACCUUAACCAGACUUGCAGUCUCAAGUCAAACUGCAUUUUGUUAAGUCUUUAAAGAAUCAGAAAAGGAUAACAGUGAAAUGGCACAGUUAAAAUAUAUUGGCUACUGUGGUGUCGAUUAUCAAAUUUUGGAAUAAAUGACUUUUCUAUUUUUUUUCUUAUUUUCCAGAAUACUUUGCAUUUAAAAUUUAGAUCUUCUUACAUGGAAGAGGUCAAAUCCAGUUAUAGCAAAACACCUUUACAGCAGAGGCCAUAUAACCAAAAAGUCCAAAGGCCCAGUGGACCAUUUACUUCAAUGAUGUUCAGUACAAAAUUCCACUGCCACUAAAGACUUGGGAAAGUCCCAUUUAAGUUGUAACAGGAUUUGACUAUUAGGAUGGAAUUUAUGACCAUUUCUUUAGUUGAAAAAUGUUUUCUAAUGCUGAAAUUUGUUCUAGAGAAGUUCUUUGGUUUCUUGUAACAGUCUUGUCUAGGCUUUUAUAUGGAAGAUUGUAUUUUCUGAUAUUUGAAGUAUGUUGUCUAUUUACCUAUUUUGGGUUGCCUUCAGAUGUGGGUGGGCAUUUGCCUAUGAAAAGUCUAGCAAGACGUUGAGUUAAAAUUAUUAGCUGGUUUGUUUUGUUUGUUUUUUUUAACUUUUGAAAGAAUAAGAUAUGGGGCAUAUGAGAGGUAAAUAGGCAGAUGGACUCUGCUAUUGAGCAUCUUUGAGCAGAGCAAAACUUAAAUGUCCUUUUUUUUUCCCCCGUGGGGAAUGGAAUUAAUUUUAACCAUAUCCCCUAAUCUUGAGUUAAUAAUAGGUAGGACUUAUGGUUUUAGCCAUCUCAGAAUUCUUUAGUCCUAAGAAGUAGUGUCAGGGUUUGAAACAUCAAAGUUGGAAUGUGAAUUGUUACCCUUCCUGAGCAUUGGAGUUGCUUUGACUACUAAAUAAAUAAUGAGUGUAGCCUAAUUUUCUGUCAUGUGCUACCUAGCAUAUUUCUGACAGUCAGGUGGAUUAUCUUGAAAUUUUAGACAAAGUUUCUGCCUCCUUGGAAAGCUCUACAUCUCCUUGUGAUUGGAGUGUGGGUUUCAAGAUUCCAGAAGGUGGGUGUCUUCAUUUUCUAUUUUCAAUGCACUCUAAGAUGACCUGCUUACAGGUUCUCUGAGGCACACCUCAGUUGUUCUUGUGCUAACUUUGCUUUGGUACAAAUUAAAUAGCUCAUUAAUUUUCCUAAUGAUGUAGAGUUGUCAAAAUGUUCAGAUCUCAAACCACUUAAAAACGGACAUUUUGGUGGAGUAAUAACGGACAUUUUGGUGGAGUAAACUUAGUUUGAAAUGUCUUUCAAUUUACGUUGAAAUAUCUGAAGGCACCUCUAAUUUGGGUGAUGAGGGAGGUACAGAUGUCAAGGUUUAAUUGUUAAAUCAGUGGAUGAAAUAUUGUGAGGAACCCAGAGAUGAGUGGAAAGAUAACGCACUGGCUUUUUUUUUUUUUACUUUCCUAGGAAGGUUAAAUUGCUUUAAUUGCGUCCCACAGGCUUACAUAAACAAGCUAAAAAAUGGCAUUUUCUAUUUCAUUAUAGCUUUAAGUGGUUACAAUAAAAUCUCGGGUUGUGAAAGUGAAUUUUGGAAAGUGAAUAUUGGAUUCUUAGGAUCUUGUAUUUCUUGUAAUUUUGCUCAUGAAAAGCAAAAUGAUAUGUUUAUUGUGUUUUGAAAAGUAUAAAACAUUCUUACAUGUAUACUGUAUCAAAAUUGACUUAAACUAAAUUGUCAAUGGAAAAAUUUUAUGUGACAAUUACUAUUUCUUGAUUGUGAACAUGCUGUAACUAACUUAAUCUAUAGCCUAUAGAUUACCAUAAUAAUAGUUGGUCUGUUAAUGUGAAUGGCAGUUAAACUUGAAUUUUUUAAAGUUCAGGCUUGGUUUUCUACUUACCAGCAAGCAAGUCCUGUUUCUUCUUUCAAGCUGUAGCUGCCUCAGGAGAUCAUUGCAAAUACUUCCUCUUACUACUGUCUCUCAAUUCUUUUAACUAUCUUCAGUUAACAUUAAAGACUGGGUGUUAAGACCCAUGCUUAGGAGUUGUUACCCUAAAGUAUGAUUUUUAUACCAUUGUACAGUGGUAAAAAAAAAAUUUAACAAAAGAAUAGACAUUUUGACCGUAGAAGGAAGUGUAUGUUGGUUAGUAUUAAAUCAGCAUGUAAUGGUACUUUUUUCCCCACUUAGGAGAAAAAAAAGCAAGAGCAGAAGCCGUAGUCAUGAGAGAAAAAGAAGCAAAAGUAAAGAACGGAAACGAAGUAGAGAUAGAGAAAGGAAAAAGAGCAAAAGUCGAGAGAGGAAACGAAGUAGAAGCAAAGAAAGGAGACGAAGCCGCUCACGAAGUCGAGAUAGAAGAUUCCGAGGCCGCUACAGAAGUCCCUACUCCGGACCAAAAUUUAACAGUGCCAUCCGAGGAAAGAUUGGGUUGCCUCAUAGCAUCAAAUUAAGCAGAAGACGUUCCCGAAGCAAAAGUCCAUUCAGGAAAGACAAGAGCCCUGUGAGGGAACCUAUUGAUAAUCUCACUCCUGAGGAAAGGGAUGCAAGGACAGUUUUCUGCAUGCAGCUGGCAGCAAGAAUUCGACCAAGAGAUUUGGAAGAAUUUUUCUCUACAGUAGGAAAGGUUCGAGAUGUGAGAAUGAUUUCUGAUAGAAAUUCAAGACGUUCCAAAGGAAUCGCCUAUGUGGAGUUUGUUGAUGUCAGUUCAGUGCCUCUAGCAAUUGGAUUAACUGGUCAACGAGUUUUAGGAGUGCCAAUCAUAGUCCAGGCAUCACAGGCAGAAAAAAACAGAGCUGCUGCAAUGGCAAACAAUUUACAAAAGGGAAGUGCUGGACCUAUGAGGCUCUACGUGGGAUCAUUACACUUUAACAUAACUGAAGAUAUGCUUCGGGGAAUCUUUGAACCUUUUGGAAGGAUUGAAAGUAUUCAGCUCAUGAUGGAUAGUGAAACCGGUCGAUCUAAGGGAUAUGGAUUCAUUACCUUUUCUGACUCAGAAUGUGCCAAAAAGGCUUUGGAACAGCUUAAUGGAUUCGAGUUAGCAGGGAGACCAAUGAAAGUUGGUCAUGUUACUGAACGAACUGAUGCUUCUAGCGCUAGUUCAUUUUUGGACAGUGAUGAAUUAGAAAGGACUGGAAUUGACUUGGGAACAACAGGUCGUCUCCAGUUGAUGGCAAGACUUGCAGAGGGUACCGGUUUGCAGAUUCCACCAGCAGCACAACAAGCUUUACAAAUGAGUGGCUCUCUGGCAUUUGGUGCUGUGGCAGAAUUCUCUUUUGUUAUAGAUUUGCAAACACGACUUUCCCAACAGACUGAAGCCUCAGCUUUAGCUGCAGCUGCGUCUGUUCAACCUCUUGCAACACAGUGUUUCCAACUUUCUAACAUGUUUAAUCCUCAAACAGAAGAAGAAGUUGGAUGGGAUACAGAGAUUAAAGAUGAUGUCAUUGAAGAAUGUAAUAAACAUGGUGGAGUCAUUCAUAUUUAUGUUGACAAAAAUUCAGCUCAGGGCAAUGUGUAUGUGAAGUGCCCAUCGAUUGCUGCGGCUAUUGCUGCUGUCAAUGCGUUGCAUGGCAGGUGGUUUGCUGGUAAAAUGAUAACGGCAGCGUAUGUACCUCUUCCAACAUACCACAACCUCUUUCCUGAUUCCAUGACAGCAACACAACUACUGGUUCCAAGUAGACGAUGAAGGAAGAUGCAGUCCCUGAUGUAUAUAGCUUUUUUUUCUCUUGAGAAUUCAUCUUGAGUUAUCUUUUAUUUAGAUAAAAAAUAAAGAGGCAAGGGUCUACUGUCAUUUGUAUACAACUCCUGUUAUCUGGAAAAAUAAAAAUGUUAACAGGAAUGCAGUGUGCUCAUUCUCCCUAACUAGCAAAUCCUACUUUAUGCAAAGCUGUUCUCUUGUUCUGCUGUUUUAAAUGUCCAUGUAGAAAAUUACAUUAAGGAUCUAUAGAAUAGCUCUAGGGGAACAAAUGUGCUUUCUGUACAAAGGCAGACAGGUAAUGUUUUAAUGUUUCAGAAACCUAACUUUUUACACAGCAGUUACAUUUCACAUUCAUGUAUUCAGCUCAUGGUUCAGCAAAGGUUUCCAGAAUACACUUUUGGAGUGUGAAAAGUCUAAGUUGCUAAAUGGCUGCUUAGCAUUUGACCUUGACCAUUUGGAAAGUGGGGGAUUUCAAAAUAUUUCUUGAUGGUAAAUUUUUCAAUUACUGUAUCUGUAAAAGUUUCUUUGUAAAUACUAUGUGUUUUAGUGUGUCUUAAGAUUCCAAACAAAAUGAUCCCUGCAUUUCCUCAAGGUGGUUGAUGUAACAGAUUGAGUAAAACAGUCUUGGGCAAGAGAUAGGAAAUGUGGAAAUAGGUUUUGUCUGGUUGCAUAUAAUCUUUGCUCUUUUUAAGCUCUGUGAGCUCUGAAAUAUAUUUUUGGGUUACUUCAGUGUGUUUGACAAGACAGCUUGAUAUUUCUAUCAAACAAAUGACUUUCAUAUUGCAACAAUCUUUGUAAGAACCACUCAAAUAAAAUUCUCUGAAAAAGGCC